AUGUGCAAGCACGUUCUCAACGCGCAGGUCUCCAUCCGCGCUCCCUGCUCUCAUUUUUGCCUGCAAAAAUGCAAGAAGUGCUUCCGCAAGGAUGCCCAGGAGUUCGAGGAGUCCGACGAGUACUGCCCUCAUUGCGAUAACCACUUUGUUCUCGAUGCGAUUACCCCCAAAGCGGCUAUCACGGUCGAGGGUGCGGAUGCCCGCAUGGACAACAGGAUGCUUAAAGACGAGCGUGAGAAAGGCGAAGAGCUGAGGACAGUCUUUGACCUGAAAGACGACGCAGAUAAACUAGGUUAA